AUGGAAGCGACCGACGCAUCACAACAACAGCAACAACAACAGCAGCAGGCACAGCCUGCCUUAGACACUCUCCCGCCAUCCGCCAAGCUUGCACUUUUGCACGCUCAGCAAGCCAACGAUAACGCGCCCGACGCGAGCGAGCCUGCUGUGCCCAGUGCCGAGGAUCCCGUAGUUGUUGACAAUGCCGCCUUUGCCGAGCCCAUCAUUGCCGGUGACGUUCCCAUGCCCAUUGGCCAUCAAUCACAACAGAAAAAGAAGGAUUCAAAGAGAAAUAACGGGAAGCUCGACUUGGCUUCUGAAUCGGCCUUCCCUUCACUGUCAUCCUCCGGCUCUAAUAAUCGACCUCCAGCCUUGUCUGCCUGGUCCUCAUCAUCAGGCGCAUCGCGUGUCAAGGCGUCACAGCCCAUGAACCGCACCGGGUCUUCCCCACGCGCUAGUCCCAAAGCCAACCACAACCACAGCAGCAACAGCACAGCAACGCCUAUUACAGACAUGCUUGAGCUGCCAGCAAGCCAGCAGAUUGCUAAUAUGCCCAGCAAGCCGUUGGGUUUCAAGAGCAGUGCGGAUGUGAUCCAACAAGUGAUGUUCAAGACUGGCACGAACAUCAUUGCCUCGACCAACCGAUCUGGUACGACCACAUUUUUGAUUCAAGGCUUACCUACAGAUGUUGCCAAAGCAAAGCGUGAAUUGGUUGCUGGUCUUGUAGUCAAGCGUACAGUGGAAAUCGCGGUUCCCGCUGCCACCCGUCGGUUCAUCAUUGGCACCAAGGGCAAAAACCUGCAGCAGAUUGAAAGCAAGUCAGGUGUUCGCAUCAACUUUCCUCCUCGCUCCAAGGAAGAAGAGGACGUUGAGCUGGACGAGGAUGAAAAGGUCAACGUGACCCUCGUGGGUGAUGCUGCUGGUAUUGCCAUUGCAAAGGCAGAGAUUGACAAGAUUGUCGGCGAAAAGACUGCCAAGCAAACAAUCAAGAUCGAUGACAUUGAUAGCAAGUACUACCUGCUUCUGGCUGGUCCCCGCAACAACGCUGUCAAUGCCUUGGAGCAAGAAUACGAUGUCAAGAUCCAGAUGCCCCCUCUUGUGGGUGAGGAAGCAGGUGCACCUAUCGUCGUGUCGGGCGACAAGGAGAAGGCCCAAGCGGCCAAGCAGGCCUUGGCGGACCGCUAUGCACAGCUCCAGAACGAGUGCCGAACAGCUGCUAUUGAUGUCCCCAAGCGUCAGCACAAGUACUUGGCUGGCAAGGACGGUGUAACUCUCAUGGAGAUCUUGGAGGAGUCAGGAUGCACGAUUGAAUUGCCUGCACUUGACGAUCCCUCCGGAAACAUUACGAUUCGUGGUCCUGAUGAGCGACUGAUCGAAGGUCUGACGCUGGCCAUGACCAAGGCACGUGCUGUUCACGUCAACAUGCUCGAUCUGGGCGAUAUGCACAAGAAUGCAGCCAACCCAUUGCAGCACGGCAAGACCAUGCUCAAGUACCUGCGUAGCCGCGGCAAGUUCAGCAAGAUCGAAUCAGAGUACAAUGUGCAGGUGGGCUUGCCCACAACCUUUGUCGGUCUGUCCCAGUCUGUCCCUGUGGAAUUUGUUAGUAAGGAAGAGAAGGAUGCAUUUGAAGCGUACAAGGCCGGUUAUGAAGCGUGCCGUGCCUUAACGCCCGAGCUGUUUGCAACUGUGGACAUUGAACCCCACUUGCACCGACACAUUGCUGUGCGCCACGCACGCCAGUUGCAGCGCAUCAAGUCGCGCCACUCGGUCGAGAUCUUCAUUCCUGAUGAAAAAGAGGAGGGCGGCGAAAUCGCAACAAUCGCUCUUGUGUUCGAAGGCAAGGAAGCCGAAGGUGCCAGUGCAGCCCUUGAAGCGACCAUCAGUGAAAUCAAAAAGAUCGCCGCCGACUCGUCGGACUUUGUCAGCAAGACACUUGCCAUUCCUUCUGAAUUCCACCGCUACAUUUCUGGCCCCAACGGCACCACUCUUAAUGCCAUUGCUGGCGGCGCAGACUCUGCCGUGACCGUGCGUCUUGGCUCUGCAUCUGAUGCCAACGCCGUCAUUGUACGCGGUCCUGCUGACGAAGUAAACAAGACCAUUGCCGAGAUCAACAAGGUGUACGAAGCUGCCAAGCACGAAGAAUUCGUCAGCUCUUACACGACCGACUUCACUAUCCCUGCUGCCUACUCCGCACAUGUCAUCGGCAAGGCCGGUGGCAAUAUCAACAAGCUCAAGGAAGAGCUGGGCAUCAAGAUUGACAUUUCCGACGCCUCAGCAAACGGCGAGGCCGACUUCAAGACGAGCAGCAGUAAAAAGAACAAGCAUUUGCAGCAAAAGGUCAACGUCGUUAUCCAGGGCAUCCAGACCAACGUUGAAGCCGCCAAGGCACGCAUCCUUGUAUUGGUAGAAGAACUGGCCGACCAGGUCACUCUCAACCUGAAUGUUCCCCGCGAAUUCCACCGAUACCUCAUUGGCCCCAACGGCCGCUACGUCCGCAAACUCGAAGACAAGUACAACGUCUAUGUCAAGUUCCCCAAAUCCGCAAACGGCACGGCAUCACCGUCCGAUGAAAAUACCAUCACCAUCCGUGGACGUAAGAAGGACGCAUCAUCAGCCAAGGAGGAGCUGCAGGAGCUGUACGAGUAUGAAAAUGACGAACAGAAUAAGCGGAAAGAGCGGGAAGCAGCACACGAACAGCGCAAAAAGCAACAGGAGCAACAAAAGCAGCAGAAGCAGCAAGCAGCAGCAGCAGCAACAGCAGAAGCAGAAGCAGAUGCACAAAGUUCUUAG